AUGUCAGGCCCCAAAUGCUCGUACAAGUUCACCUUCGAACCUGAUUGGCUUGUUGACUACCCAGUGAUUUCUCACUCAUAUCCUGGUUCGAAGCUCACCACUCAGCCAAACCUCGGUUUGCGUAAUGAUCGAGAAUGGGCGAGGCUUACUGAGCACGUCAAACAAUCAAAUGACCAGGACGAUUCAGAUGUCUCACAUAAAAUCUUGCUAGUUGCGCGACAUGGCCACGGUGUUCAUAACGACGUGAUGGAGGAAGUUGGGUCAGAAGAAUGGAAGAAUCACUGGUCAAAGCUACCCGGUGACUCAAAUAGGACUUGGCUUGAUGCCGAGCUUGUUGAAAAGGGAGUUCAACAAGCCAAAGACGUCGGGAAACUGUAUACUGAGGGCAUCCGGCAUGCGGGCUUUCCCGUCCCCGAUGCUAUCUAUACCAGUCCGCUUGCUCGAGGUCUCAAGACAACGAACCUGAUUUUCAGGGACAUCAUCACGGAACAAGGGACCGAGUUCAGGCCUAUAGUGAAAGAAUAUCUUCGAGAACGACUUACCAAUCAUACGUGUGAUAAGCGGAGGACGAGACAGUGGAUUCAAGCCGCUUAUCCCGACUAUGAGUUGGAAUCAGGCUUUGCCGAGGAAGAUGUGUUGUGGCAUGCUGAUCGAUCAGAGUCGAAUGAAGCACACGUUGCCCGGACACAAGAACUACUUGAGGAUGUUUGGAGACAUGAUUCGGGAUCAUGCAUUGCUUUGACCACUCACUCUUUCACGAUAUCUACUAUCCUCGAAGCCAUCGGGGCGCCACAGUUUCGAAUGGGCGAAGGUGCCAUGGUGGCACUCUUGGUCAAAGGCGAGAAGAUUUACGCAAAAUGA